AUGACUAAUCCCCAAGACAACCCCGGAACUCCCCCACCAGUCUCCCCCAACACCUCAUCUUCAACUCCUCCUAGUGAACCCCCAAAACCCAAAUUUCGUCGCCAGAAAAUGCUAGCUAGAAAAACAGUUGCAUCUGGUUCUUUGAGGAAAGUCUUGAACGAAAAACUACAGGCUAGUCAAAGGAAGGAAGUUACAACCAAAGAAAGCGACUCAAGCUCUGAAUCUGAGAAAUUUAUCUCUGCCAAAAGGGAGGAUAAUAUUUUUGUUCUGGUAGGGACUGCUAAAAAUGUUGAUGGGGCUGAAUCUAGUAAAAUAAGAAAGAAAAAGAAAGGGAAAGUUUUAGCUAUAUGUGGUAGUGGAGAAGAGAGAGGCAUGAAGUCAGGGGGAAAUGGGUCAGGUGAAGCUGCUGAGGGUCUGAUAAAUUUGAGUGAACAACCAGAUGAACCUGGUUCAUCUAUGGAGGAGACUUUGGCAGAUAUGCUAAAGAAAGUUGAAGCCAGUUAUGAUCCAAAGAAACGCAAGGCCUCCUCACAAAGGACCCCUGUUGCGUCCAAACCAACUAAGAAGAGCAAAGUUUCAUCACCUAAGUCUGCUGCACCUAGGGUAGAGCCACAAGAAGUAGGGUGA